UUAUUCCCCACUUCAACUCUCAUCAAUUUCUCUCUGAAAGCCGGAGUUCAUAUUUUUUUUUUUGCAGCAAACCAGGUUUUACAAUUCGAAUUUCGACCCGAAAGUCUCAAUCCUCUUGAACUCUCAAUGCUUCAAAAUCCCAUAUUUGUGCUCUCUCAUGGCGACCCUCUUUCACUUUCCGAGCUUCCUCUCACUCUCUUCUCGUAAGCUGUUGUUUGCUCCACAACAAGAACAACUCAAGCUAAUCUGGGAGACCCAGGAACACCCAACUCAGAAACGCUUUACAGUAUGUGCUUGUUCAAAUAAGAAACCCAGGGGUAGUAGAAAGGUAAAGAGCAAUGCAGAGCUGUGCAAUGACAUUCGGGAAUUUGUCACUGCGUUUGGGCUUCCAGAGGAUCACGUGCCAUCGUUGAAGGAGCUUUUGCUGCAUGGAAGGAAUGACCUUGCAAACGUUGUUAGACGGAGAGGAUAUAAACGGAUUAGAGAACUUCUUGCUAACUCAACAAAAUCUGAUAUCGAUGGGCUUGAUCAGAAAAAAAGCUUCGAUGCAAACCAAGAUGCAGUCAGUGAUCAUGAAGACGUAUUAACAGGUCAGGACAAUAAGGUGAACACUGUGGUUGAAGACAUCUCCUCAUCUACAGAAGUCUUAAUCCCGGGGAACUAUUCCGGUAGUUCGUGUUGUGAUUCAGAUCUCAACUCUGCUGAAUUUAGGUGCGUAUCUGUAGAAUCUUCAGCCAAUUCAUUCUUGGAGGAAAAGGCAUCAUGUGAAAUGAAGGGUCACAAUGAGAAGGUAAACAAUGUGGCGGAAGAUGUUUCCUUGUCAACUGAAGUUGCCACCAUGGAAAGCAGUUCAAGCAUCAAUCCAUGUCUCAAUACUGCCGGCCACAGCUGCACGCCUGUAGAAUAUUUAGUCAACUCAUCUCUGGCAGAAAAGGAUUCAUCUAAGUUACAAGUUCUGGAUGAGAAGGUGAACAAUAUUGUUGAAGAUAUGCCCUUUUCAAUUGAAGGAACGGAAAAUUAUUCUUGGAGUUCAAUUCCGGAUUUGAGUCUCAAUAACCUUAAAAGCAUGCCUACAGAAUCUUUAGCCAUUGUAUCCUUGGAGCAAAGCCCCCCAUACAGUUUGAGAGAUCAGCAUGAGAAGAUUAAGAAUAUUGAUCAACCUGUCAACUCUGGUGAUGAUAGUUGCAUGCCGACAGUAUUAUCAGCCAACUCAUCCUUUGAGGAAAAGGUGGCAAAGUUUAUUCAAAAUGGAGAUUUGGAUAUUAUCGAUGAUAAUGCCUAUGGUCUAUCAAAUGAAAGUGUUGAUGAAGAAAGCGAUGAAUUUAUCCAACCACAGAAUAUGGUACUGCCCCGUGGUGAAGAGCACUCUGAAAAUGUGCUUAAUGGGGCUAACUCUGCUACGACAGUAAAUGGCAGUACACUGACAUCCAAGGAUGUUGCUCCUGCAGAAACAGUCAGACGCCCUCUUAGGGAUGAUCUUUUGUCAUCUGAACGACUAAUGACUACUCGGUUGGACAAGGAUUUGGACACAGAGAGUAGCAAAAGGGAGGAGCAAGCUGAGAUUAAUCAUCUCAAGUUCAUGCUGGUACUUCAGAAGGAGUUGGAAUUUUCACGGUUGAAAGAACAGAUUGAGAAGGAAAAGCUUGCAUUGUCUGAUUUGCAAACCAAGGCUGAAACUGAAAUCAGGAAUGCCCGAAAGCUUAUCUCAGAAAAAGAUGCAGAAUUACAUGCAGCUGAAGAAAGCCUUUCAGGGCUGGAAGAGGUUCAAAUUCAAUACUGUGGGGACGGUGAAAUCGUGGAGGUGUCAGGUAGCUUCGACGGUUGGCAUCAUCGAAUUAAAAUGGAUCCCCAGUCAUCAUCAGCUAUCAUAGGCCCCCUGGGAUCAAGGAAAUCCAGAAUUUGGUCAACAAUGUUGUUGCUUUAUCCUGGGAUAUAUGAGAUAAAAUUCAUUGUUGAUGGCCGCUGGAGGAUUGAUCCUCAAAGGGAAUCAGUUACCAGGGGUACCAUAAGGAACAAUAUUAUCCGAGUUGAAAAAUAAUACAGUUUUGGCUGGGAGGACUUUCUUGCUAUCUGUCUACCCAUGUGGUAAAUUCUACUUACUUACCAUCAAUAAGGGUAUUGGUUCAAAAUCUUAAACAUGCAUGUUGGGCCUAUCAUACUCCAUGUGAAUGUAAUCCUUAUCAACUUGUAAAAUUAUAUAUGGUCUAUCACUAGACAGUCACAAGUAGUUUUGGUCCCCAAUUUUAUUGUUUCUGACAGUUUUUCAUGAAUUUGUAGAUAUUUUACUUCUCUUUUUCAACUCAUUUUUCUAUCUAAAAUAACUAUGAAAUAUUGUGGUUUAA